AUGACGAGAAGUGUUAUUAUCAAGAUCCGGGAAGCCCAGGAUGAAGCCGGAAAUCGCUACGUGCCACCGGCCAGCCCAACGAGAUCGCCAGGUUACUCUCUGAUGGAGGCUGUCGGUGAAGCCUUCAACUCGAUCGCCCAGGACUACAAUGUAGCCCGGCAUCAGAAUCUCGGAGAAGCCUUCAUUCCCUCAAAGGCCGAUUUCCACAACCGCAAGAUGUACAACCACGUGGCCCCCGAUUUGGGCAUCAACACAAAAGAGCGCGAUGUGCCUUACGUACCGAUUCCGCGCUAUCAAGUGCGGCCACGGAGAGCUGGAGAUUGGUUGUGUGGGACCAGUCAUAAGGACCGCUUCCAUUUGCUGCCGACGGUGAUCCCCAUGACUGAACAGCGAAUGAUAUCUGAGAAAAAGGCCGCCACGGACCUUGAGAGACGCCCGGGAAAUUACAACUUCGUCCGUUCCGGGCUUCUCCAUGGGGUUCAGCGAACACCGGUGGCUUUGGUACAACCCGACUACGGAUCCACGGAGAUACGCAGCCGUCAGCGCCGCAAUUGGGCCGGAAACUUUGAUCGAAACUUCCACGGCGGCAAGCAGUCGAACAGCAUCGUUUUCUCAUACUGUAGUCCGCUG